UGAGAGAUUUUACAUUGACGAAGUUUUAGCAACGAAAACAUGUUUUCGAUGUCGGUCAGAACAUGGUAUUAUGUAGCUCUUAAGAUGUUUAUUGAAUCAAGGCUGGGAACGCAGCCACUUGUCAGCUGCUUUCAGCUCUAGGCCCACGAAUAUUAACAAAAAUAAUCCUAUUGUUUAAGUCGUUCGUUCUACAGAUUUUUCCAUUAAUUAGUGUAUUUGAAUUCUAAUUACUGGUAAAGGUUGGUGUGUGAAGAAAGUGAUACAUGACGCAACACUUUGUAUUAAAAUUGCUUGGCUAGUUAAAUAGAGCCAUUAAAUUAAUGUUGUAAAAGCAACCGCAGGAAGAUUAAGUAUCUCAUCGCUCGUAAAAGACAUUAAAUGUCUUCGGUGUCGGAUGAGGACGUUAGAAAAACAGAAGCUGGGGCUAUUGUGGAUUUCAUUAAAAGUAGCGCCGAUGCUGAUGAGGAACUAUGCAAUACUUUUAAGGAGUCUGGGCAAUUGAAUGAUUCGGAAGGAUUUUGCCAUGCUGGUUAUCGUUUGGAUCAAUUUGCCCAGGAUGUAGCGGAUUUUAGUUCUCAGUAUGGCAGCGAUUACAGCAUUUCUUAUACAGCUCCAAACAUAACAGGCAGACCUCGAAAGUUUCCGGAAUAUGGCGACUUUCCAGAAACAUACGCAAUGCGCACUUACGGAGAGUGGUGGAAAAAAGCGCCAAGUUAUGUUCAAGAGAUUCAACCACAAAACUUUUCGAAAAUUCCUGCUCAAGACUUUAUAGUUUUAUAUUUCGAGGAGUAUGUUCUACCAGAAGAUAUAGUUGUAUACGAAACAUUCAACCCUGGGGCAUUAAUUCGAAUAUGGGCGUAUACCAUAACAAAGUCAUGGUUUUGUUUAUGGGAAACUGAUGAAUUAUACAAACCUCAACCACACUCUAUAAACAAAGCCCGCCGUUUUUCCCCACCAUUGAAAAAAAUAAAUUUGCCCACUAGGACUAUUAGGCUAGAAUUUAAUCAUUCAAACCUGGGUUAUUUCACGGAAAUCGAUGCUGUAUUACUAGGCGGGAGGAAGGUGAAUAUUGAAAGUGCGCAACGAGUAUUCGACUCCUAUGAACGGCAACGCAAAUGUUCGAUUUUGCGGAAAUUACAAAGAAUUCAAUUUCGACCCAAUAUUAAGGACAAUUAUCAUAACCACUUGAGAGAAUUUUUUGCCAACGAUUUAAAUAAGUUUAUAUACGUAUUAAGCAAUAAUAGAGAAAUUAUGACCGACGAGUUACAUUCCGAGGAGUGCAAGACAACGAUUGGACUCAAAGACAUGCCGUUUGAAAUUAUGUUGAAAAUAUUCAGCUACUUGGAUUUAAUAUCGCUGUUCUUAGUUGGACAAGUGUCGAAAUUCUUUUAUGACGUAUCUACUCAUCCAUUGUUGUACGGCGAAUUGAACCUAAAACCGUAUUGGCAUCUUACAACAAACGAUCUAUUAUGUACCUUGGCAAAGAGAGCUACUGUGUUGAAAAAGUUGGAUUUAUCGUGGUGUGGUUUGUUUAACACGAUUUCCCCAACUGAAUUUAAAAAAUUUAUUCAACAACGAGGAGACAGUCUAAUAUGCUUAAGAUUGGAUUCGUGUAAAAUUUUAAACGCCAGCUGUAUUGAGACAUUGGGAAUUGUAUGCGACAACUUAAGGGAACUUUCCCUUCGAAAUUGCUCGACGGAUCCCCCGCUGCUUAACUUUUCUUGUCUGGCAAAUUUAAAAAACUUGGAAAGAUUAGAUUUAUUUCAAACGGUAAUCGAACCUGAAUUGGUUUUAACCAUGCUAGAAAACAAUCGAAAGUUAAAACACUUGAAUUUGGCAUUUUGCGGAAUAGCAGUUAAUAUGGACGCAGUGGCUCAACGUAUCGGCCAAUAUAAUCAUAAUCUGGUUUCUUUGGAUAUGUGGAAAUCCCGUUUUCUAUCCGCUGCUGGCUUAGAGGCAUUAUCCAAGUGCUGUGAUUUGGAGGAAGUUGAUUUCGGCUGGUGUUUAAGGGAGGUCUCUCUUGGAGAUAGUCUGAAGCAAUUGUUGUUAAAUUGCAAGAAACUCAGAAAGCUAUUCUUAGCCACCGUGCGAGGAAUAACCGAUCGUGAUGUGGAAAACAUUGCAAACUUUUGCUCCAAUUUGGAACAGUUGGACUUGAUGGGUGUUUCAGGGAUAUCUAAAGAGCGCUAUUAUGAGCUUUUGAUGAAAUGUAGAAAGCUACAGUUACUUGACUUAAGCUUCUGUGAUAAUAUUGAUGGUGAAGAGAUUGCAUAUUGGGCCCGAACUUUUAAAGUUAACAUCAAAUGCAGUCAUAUACCUAAUGUGCCUAAUGAUAUGAGAUACUAAUCAGAUUUAACACUGUACAAACUUCAAACGAACCUAACAUAACAUAAAUCUAAAAAUAUACAUACAUAUGUAGAUGGAUAUCGAAAACAAAUAAUUAAUUGCAUUUCAGAGGUUAUAGAAUACUACGGAACUGCAAAGCUAGGUGCGGCUCCGCACUGAAUGUGUCCCACGCUGAAAUUUAUCACUCGAAAGCCAAGCAGAGGUAAAGUAAAGGAUUACCAGGCAGUUUUGAAUGUCCUACGACCCACUUAAAACAAAAGCUCUCUUAGGAAUGAGCAAAGAAGAUACUUAUGUACAAACUGGCGUGUUCGAGUAAAUGUGUAAAGGCUUGGAGUACCCUUCAAAAGGUUAUGUCGCAGUUGGGAUGACCCUGGCUCAAAAAAUACAGUCGAGCACAUCCUGUGCGGGUGUUCAAGAAUCGCAAAGAUAAAGUUGAAGACAAUCGGCCAGCCAUUCCUGCAGAAUGUUUGAGAGUGCAGCUGCUUCUCUCCGUAUGACAUCCUGAAAUUCAUUAAAUCUGGCAAAUGGCUGUAGGUAGCACGAGUUGUGGAAUCAAAAUGGCAAACUUGCUAAUUGCUUAACCAACUUAACACUUAAAUCAACCAACUAUUCAUCUGAACCACUAUUAACUGAAAAUGGUUCUAUUGCGUCGCCUGGGUAAAAGAUGUCGUAAGCGCCAUUUUGACGAUUUUUAGUCUAGAUACAGGUAUAUUUUGA